GCGGAUUUUUCCAGCAUUCAAGGUGAAGCUAUCCGGUUUGGAUAAACGCUCCAAGUAUAUUUUAUUAAUGGAUAUUGUGCCCGCUGAUGAAUGUCGCUAUAAGUUCCAUAACUCACGAUGGAUGGUGGCUGGUAAAGCGGAUCCGGAAAUGCCAAAACGUAUGUACAUACAUCCGGAUAGUCCAGCUACCGGUGAGCACUGGAUGGCCAAAGGAGCGAAUUUUCACAAGUUGAAACUGACCAACAAUAUCUCGGAUAAACAUGGCUUUGUAAGUUUUUCCUUUGUUUUGUGUCGCUUAGUAGCCCAGCUUUUUGCAAAAUGUUUCGAAUUUCUGCAGUUUCAAUAACG